CAGCACUGACUGGGGAUACCAGACUGACUUCCGGAUUUAAAGCAACAUUCCCACGUCACAAAUACACUAUUUGUGACGUAUCUCUGUGCGAAGGUAUAAUGAGGUGCUCACUUAAUUAUUCUGCGUCUCGGCAGCUCGCUGAAAGAUUUAAUUACUGUGACUGUAAUCAACAGCAUUAAUUUACAAUCACCCUGUAAUCUGAGCUAGUCUGAACUUCUGUCAUGGCUACAGGUAUUAAACACAUGUCUACCCCCAUGUCCACCGGUGACAUAUCCAGUCCUGACAAAAUGUCCACAGACAAUGGGGAACUGGUGUGGGUGGGGUUCAUAGACGUUCUUCCAGUCAUUGGCUCUGUAAAAGAGGCUGUGGAGUUUGUCUUAGCUGUGGCUGGUGGAGAUCAUCCACUGAUCAAUGAGAAAGAGAGAAUGAUGAAAGCCAGGCUGGGAUUAGAAGAGAAGACAGAUUCACAGAGUUCCACAGAAAGCUCAUCUGGGUACUGUUCGGGAGAGGAGAGGGCAGAUGUUCAUGCAGAAGAGGUUUUAUUGAGCGACCUUCCUGGUGUCAUAGAAGCUGGCAAACAUGGCAAAGGGAAACAAUCAGGGAAAGAGUCACAGGAACCACCAUCAGAGGAAGAUCAAAAAAAAAUGGAGGCAAUCCGAGAAGAGACACUGCAGAAGAUUCAACUUAUAGAUCAAAACUACCAGUUCCAGGAGCCUCUUAUAGACACUCGUAAAAGGUCUCAAAGGGGUGAGCAUGUGAUCAACAACAAUGUCAUUAAAUUUCACUUUAAACUUGUGAACUGCUAUCUGAAUGGUAGAUUAGCUCGGACUAGUCUUGAUGUAAGCUGCCCCCUGGCAGAAAACACUAAACGUGAUAUCAUGUCUGAGAUGGUGGCAUAUUUUGAAGAUUAUGAGUUGUACAUCAAUGCUAAUGCAGUGGUGUACGGUAAAUACAUUUCAGAACUGAGAAACGCUCUGCUACAGUUCCUGCAGGAUGGAGGCCAGGAGUCGAAAAACAGAGCGAGCUUUGUAAUUCAGAGAAUGAAUCAGUGCAGUGCUUAUGUGGAUUUUAUGGCAAAGGAAAAAUGGAUGCAAAACAGUUGUAUGAAACGGUGCUGGUUUGAAGCCGUUAGAAGAGAGGUUGCAGAAAUGUUUGCAGAUAAGCGUGGCGUUGAGUUCUUUGCAGAACUCAGAAAAGAUAUUUUAUCCCCUACUGAUAAUGUGUGAGGUCAUGUGAGUUUGGCUCAGUGGAGGAUUCAGGCUGUUGGAUGGACAGGAGCAAAAAAAUAAAAAGGGUACAUCAUUUCAUCUGCUUUAGACCAUGGUAAGGGCACCUUAUGGGGCACUGCAUCACAUUCUGUCCAAUAGAAGGGCACUUCAUAACAGAACCCUUUUCCAUUGGAUGAGUACUAUGGAAUAUUAUUUAGCACUAUAUAAUGCAGAAUAUAAGUAUUAUGAUUUUAUUAAAAAGUAUACCAAAUAUCCAUGAUGUAAUCAUUACAAUGUAAACAUUAUAAUGUAAUCAACACAAUGUAAUCAACGGAGUAUUUAUUUGCACCUUUUGUUAGUCUGAGUUUCUGUUAGUUACUUUAUGUUAGUCCUGAAUCUAGGUCCCACAGAUUUGUUACAAGUUACUAGGAUAAUCCCAAUGUAUAUAUAGAUGCGAUUGGCCAGCCGAGGGGCAUUCCAGAGAAAUAUAAGGUGAGAAGUGAGAUAGCUGCUGGUUUCGAAUCAACAUUUAUUUGGCCUACUCUUAACAAAAAUGUGGAAUGGAUAAAUUAUUUGUACUAUAAUCAGCAGAGGUUUACCAACUAUACUCAGGAGGCACUCGCAUCUCUGGGGGAGCAGCUUCAGGCCACCAGUCUGAUGACCUGGCAGAACAGGAUGGCCCUGGAUUGGCUCCUGGCAGAAAAAGGGGGAGUGUGUGUGCUGUUCGGGGAUCAGUGCUGUAGGUUUAUUCCUAAUAAUACAGCCCCGGAUGGUUCCUUUACUGAGGCUAUGAGAAAGUUGCAGGGGUUACAGGAUGAGAUGGCAAGAAAUGCAGGACAACAUGAUGGGUUGUUUGACUAGUGGUAUGAUAUGUGGGGAAGUUGGCGGCAAGCCCUUAUGAAAGCACUCUGUGUGGGUGCUGUGCUCAUUUUUGCUCUGCUACUAAUCUUUUGUUGUGUAGUUCCUCUUGUUCGCUCCCUAGUGGGGAGAGCACUGUCCCGGCAGGCGACUAUAGCUGCAAUGUCUAGAGUGGUGGGAGGACCGUUUGGAGCGGCAUCCUCCUGGACCAACACGGAAACGGAUGGCGACAUAGACACCUUGGAUGCAGUCCUGCCCAUAGCUGAAGUUUGGCUGUUCCGUGUGUGAAUACUCCGAGCAGGAGACAUGCAGAAUGCCUGCCUCCCACGACAUCUGGGAUUUUUCUGAUUAGGACAGACUGUCUGUUAUAAUGGUCUGCAAUGUUAUUUGUUAACCUUUUAGUUAUCUUGGUAUUAGAUAUAUCUGUUUUUGUAUUGGGUUUGUAAUAGAUUUUGUAGUCCUGCUAUAUAUGCAGUAUAUCCAGGGGAGGUCAUUGUAUGGCGAUCCUCCCCUCCCUUCCUGAUGUACCCCCUGUGCUGCUGUUGGUUGAUUCUCAGCCUUAGUAGUUUGUGAGCCAUGCCUGCCAUGGACCCUGAAGGGGGGCCGCGCCUGUGGCGGACUGGGAGUGGAAUUUCCCUAGGUCAUAGGGUUUUUGCCCUCCCUCCUAGGCUGGAUGGACAGGAUUGUGUGUGGGACUCCUUGGAGUCCCAAAGGGGGGAAAUAUAUGGAAUAUUAUUUAGCACUAUAUAACGUAGAAUAUAAGUAUUAUGAUGUUAUUAAAAAGUAUGCCAAAUAUCCAUGAUGUAAUCAUUACAAUGUAAACAUUAUAAUGUAAUCAACACAAUGUAAUCAACUGAGUAUGUAUUUGCACCUUUUGUUAGUCUGAGUUUCUGUUAGCUACUUUAUGUUAGUCCUGAAUCUAUGAAUAUUCACUUUUAUUAGCGUAUAUUUUAUCACUAUGUUAAAGGACAAAUAUAUUAUCAACCUUCUAGUUGCACAAUGUGCAACAGGCUGAAACUGCCAGGGUUACUACUGAAGGAAGGGAUUCCCCUGAGUUCACCAGAAGUUCACGGCUGAGCAUUUUUAAAAAACCAAGUGGAGCUGCUCGCGCCACCAUUAUGUUCAGCCGAGAGACCAAACGGUAAAAGAAAUGAUGGACAAACUGAUCACCUAGGGGUGUGGAUUAAGGGAAAAAACAAUGAUUGUGAAUGGCUGAAGGAAUGAUGAUGCUUAAGUGACGAGAUAUUGUUAAAUGAUAAGAACUUGUAUAAAAAUUGGUGUAAAACAGUAUUGGACACACUUUACUUGUCCGGCCUUGGUUGUAACUUCAUUGUUGCAA